GAAGGAAGACGGGAAUCCGAGAACCUACCAUCUUCAGCGUCUCCAAGGACCAUUUGAUAAAUUCGAUUCACCGAAAAUAAGCGAAAGGGAGUUGCUAAACCAAUGACAAACAAAUCAAAUUUUUUUUAUUCCUAUUCUUGUUUUGAAAGCCUAACGGCCCAAACCAAACACUUGAAAGCAGAAUCAAUUUUUCUUAUUCACAUUUUCUAUUCCAUGCUUUGAUAACAUGUAAGAAAACCACAUCCUAAGUUUGAGGAUAUUCUGGUAACUUCAAGCCCACCUAGUCUCUAUAAAUUGGCGCUCCCGGCAUUCCUAGCUGCAAAAGACAGUUCUACCCUCUCACCCAAUUCUUCCGUACACGCCUAAGUUUGUCGUCGAGAAAAUUGCAAUGGCCGAGAAAAGCAAGAUUCUGAUCAUUGGAGGAACAGGGUACAUCGGAAAGUUCGUGGUCCAAGCCAGUGCAAAAUCCGGCCAUCCCACCUUCGCUCUCGUCAGAGAAAGCACAGUUGCCGAUCCUGUUAAGGGAAAACUCAUCCAGGAGUUCAAGAACUCCGGCGUCACCUUGCUCCACGGAGACUUGUACGACCACGAUAGCUUGGUGAAGGCGAUAAAGCAAGUGGAUGUGGUGAUAUCUACAGUAGGAUUCAUGCAGUUAGCUGACCAGGUGAAGAUCAUUGCUGCCAUCAAGGAAGCCGGGAAUGUUAAGAGAUUCUUACCUUCAGAAUUUGGAAACGAUGUGGAUCGUGUUAAUGCGGUUGAACCAGCAAAAUCCGCGUUUGCAGCAAAGGUUCAAAUGCGCAGGGCCAUCGAGGCUGAAGGGAUUCCCUACACCUUUGUAGUGGCCAACUGCUUUGCAGGCUAUUUUCUCCCUACAUUGGUCCAGCCAGGCGUUUCUGCUCCUCCCAGAGACAAAGUCAUCAUAUUAGGGGACGGAAAUCCAAAGGCAUGCUUUAACAGGGAAGAUGAUAUUGGAACCUACACCAUCAAAGCUGUGGAUGACCCAAGGACAUUGAACAAGAUCCUCUACAUCAAACCUCCCAACAGCACACUCUCAUUUAAUGAGCUUGUUUCCUUAUGGGAGAGUAAGAUUGGCAAAACCCUUGAAAAGGUUUAUGUUCCAGAGGAGCAAGUUCUGAAGGACAUUCAAGAGGCCCCAAUGCCAAUUAAUGUUUUCUUAUCGAUCCAGCACUCUGUUUUUGUGAACGGAGACCAAACUAACUUUGAGAUAGAGCCCUCUUUCGGGGUGGAAGCUUCUGAGCUUUAUCCUGACGUCAAAUACUGCACUGUGGAUGAAUAUCUCAGUGCGUUUGUCUGAGAGAUUCAAACCCUUCUCUUAUUAUUGAAGUUAAGAAAUAAUCACGAAGUUAAUGGCAGAGGUGGGUUGAGGAGUCUUUUGGAUCAUUAAUUUGCCUCUCGUUUUCCUUCCACACAAUGAUAUGAUAUGAUAUGAUGCUGCUGCGGUUCCAUAUUAAUGGCCUCAGUGAAGGUCCAGAGAAACUAUGACUUGUAUCAGACUCUCUUAAUGUAAUCCUUUUCCAUUUCCUAAGCAAUAUACGUAUGGUAAAAUAAAUACAAAAGCUUCUAUCCA